ACUCAGUAUUUCCAAUUCAUUUCAAAAUCAAAUCAAACAUUCUUAUUUGUCUUCUGAAAAUGAAUUUCUAUACUGGAGGUUCUUCUAAUAAUAAUGAUGAAAAUUCCUCUUCAUCAUCAUCAUCUUUAGAUUUAGAUGAUACUAUUGCAGAAGAGCAGCAAGUAAUCUUGCAAAAUAUUCGCAUGAACAACUAUAUGUCGCAAUAUUUGCAAGAAUAUCAAAAUAAUGGAGUUUUCAGAGUUGGCUCUGUUCCAGGUCAUUUAGUAAUCAAUCGAGAUCGUGAAGCAGCUGAUAAUAAUUUAUUUCUCGAUUAUUUUUCAGAUAAUCCACGCUAUAAUGAUGGUAUGUUUCGUCGUCGAUAUCGGAUGUCCCGAAAUUUGUUUCUUCGCAUUGUUGAUGCAAUUAAAGCUCAUGAUACGUACUUCGAACAACGUCUUGACGCGAUGGUAGAUUUGGUUUAUCAUCGUACAAAAAAUCACAAUUUCGUGUUUAGAAUGUUGGCAUACGGCUUGCCAGCGGAUGCCACUGACGAAUAUGUGAAAAUUGGAGAGUCAACUGCAAUUGAAAGCAUGAAGAGAUUUUGUCGAGCUAUCGUAGAGGUUUUUGGCCAGCAGUAUCUGAGAUCACCAAUAGCUAACGAUGUUGCAAGGCUUCUUCACAUCGGUGAGCAACGUGGUUUUCCAGGAAUGCUAGGUAGUCUAGAUUGCAUGCAUUGGAGAUGGAAAAGUUGUCCAACAAAGACGGGCCGGACAAUAUGCAUCGUAGUGGAUCCCCAACAAUAA